CGCAAAACAAUGGAUGCGUUUGAGGAUUCCAGCAAUGGGCUGCAAAAUUUGGCCAGCAAUGACAGCACACUGGAACUGCUGGAGAACAACUCUUUUAACGACACAGACUCACGCUGGUCCACAGUGGCGAACUUUACGCGACUAUUCGCAUCGGCCGCUAGGAAAGCUGCUCCCAAAAUUGCCAACUUCACAUUCGACAUGCUGGAUGUGGGCCUAUCGCUGGCCACCGAAGCUACCGAUGCAGUCACUGCACCCACUCCCAUGUCAGUGCCAAUAACAACCAGAGCCACCGAGACUGCUUUUGCCAUCAUGACCAACACACAGCUGAACGGCUCGACGACGCUGGGACAACACAUCACCGGAAUGCAUGACACAUCACCGCUUGCCGAGCAAGUGCCGGAGCAUGUGAUGGAUCAUGCGCCACAGCUCUCGCGAUCGGGUCUGCUCAAAGUCUAUGUGCUGGCCGUGAUGGCACUGUUCUCGCUGCUGGGCAACUUGCUGACCAUAUGGAAUAUCUACAAGACGCGCAUCUCGCGUCGCAACUCUCGGCACACCUGGAGUGCCAUCUACUCGCUGAUGUUUCAUCUCUCGAUUGCCGAUGUGCUCGUCACGGGCUUCUGUCUGAUUGGCGAGGCAGCCUGGUGCUAUACGGUGCAGUGGCUGGCCAAUGAACUCACCUGCAAGCUGGUGAAACUUUUUCAGAUGUUCAGCUUGUAUCUAUCGACUUAUGUGCUCGUGUUGAUUGGCGUCGAUCGCUGGAUUGCCGUCAAGUAUCCGAUGAAAUCGCUGAACAUGGCAAAGCGUUGCCAUCGUCUGCUAGGGGGCACUUACAUUCUCUCGCUGGUGCUCAGUCUGCCUCAGUUCUUUAUUUUCCAUGUGGCACGCGGUCCUUUCGUCGAGGAGUUCUAUCAGUGUGUGACUCACGGAUUCUACACCGCUGACUGGCAGGAGCAGAUGUAUGCCACGUUCACGCUCGUCUUCACCUUCCUGCUGCCCCUUUGCAUACUCUUUGGCACCUACAUGUCAACAUUCCGCACCAUUUCAAGCAGUGAAAAAAUGUUCCAGGGCUCGAAGCUGGCCAACUACUCGACAACGAAACAGCUGCCGACGCAGACGAACCGUCAGCGCUUGAUACACAAAGCGAAAAUGAAAUCAUUGCGCAUCUCUGUGGUCAUCAUCAUAGCGUUCCUCAUUUGCUGGACACCCUACUACGUCAUGAUGAUUAUCUUCAUGUUCUGGAAUCCAGAUAAAAGGCUGGGCGAUGAAUUGCAGGAUGCCAUCUUCUUCUUUGGCAUGUCGAACAGCCUCGUUAACCCGCUCAUCUAUGGCGCCUUUCAUCUCUGCCCCGGCAAGGGAAACAAAUCCGGCACUGGCGGCGGCAACAACAACGCCUACAGUCUAAACAGAGGUGACUCGCAACGCACUCCCUCGAUGCUGACAGCGGUGACCCAAGUGGAUGCUGCUGGAGGCAGUGCACGGCAAAUGCGAACCUUUCGCCAGCAGAGCUAUUAUCGCAGCUCGAGCAACGGGGCGGGCGGUGCACCCUUCAAGGAGCAGGUGGGACUGCUGCAGGUGGGCAACACGGUGACGCCACAGCUGAUGAGGAAGAGCUCGUCGGUACGCAGCCCUCAUCCCAAUCACAGUGCAGCGAUUGUGGCUCGGCACUCGGGUGCAUGCUUGCGGGAGCAGCAGCAGUUGCUGCUGCAGACGCCGCCGCCGUCGACGCUGGUGCUCAACUAUGAUAGUCAGCGUGGGGGCGUCGGUGUGGGCGUGGCCAAUGGGCUGAAACUGAUGACGGGUGGCGGCGGUGGCCUCGGUGGCAUGGGACUCAACGAUGAGCACGUGUCGAGUGUGUGAGCAGAGCUGGCGGCGAUGGUGGCGGUCGAGGCAGGAGUGGGUGCAAUGAUGCGUGUGGCAGAGGAUGAAUGCUCGUGCUGCCGCUGCCUGAGCCAGGAACUAGUGCGACGCCAGCAGGGACUCGUAGAGACACCCAACAUGGUAAAACACUAAAAAAUUGCAGAGGUUGUUUUUCGUUUGUGUUUGAUUGUUUGUGGGAAGCGAUGAUCAGAUCAUCGAAGCGCAUAACAUUUGAUUAGUGCAACUAAUUGAGAAUUAAGUCUUUGAGAACACUGUUCGUGUGCUUAGUGUUAGUUUGUAAAUGUAAUUGUAAUUUGUUUUAGACUUUAACGUGUAGUGCGAUAGAUCGCAGUUGAAUCCUAAAUGUGUGAAUGUGUAGGAAGCAAAAUUAAUUGUAAUGAAAAUUGCCGAUUACAGAAAAUCUAGAGCAAUCUACACAGGUUAAUUACUUUGAGUAAAUCCUGCCCUCUUCCUACUUAAGCAACUCGUACUUAACUUUUAUACCCAAUUUAAUAUGUGUGCAGUACACACUGCGUAUACUUACUUUGCCAUUUGCCAAAAUGAAUGUCCAUGAUGAAGGAAAUCGAGUUGACAACACGAGAGCAAAUGCCUUGGGCACUUGCAAUGAAUUUCAAAUUCAAUUCAAAUACCAAAUUGUACACGAUUUGUAAAUAAAUGAAUAAUUAACGAACACAACACAAUACUUCUAUGCUUGCUUGUAACCAACACACACACACGUUCACAAGUACCAUAUAAGAUUUAUGUAUUUGUGUGGGUGUGUGUGCUUGGACUCAUCCUAUGUAUGUACUAUAUUUCGUAGAUUUAAGGAUAAUCUCUGUAAAAUUUGUAUAGUUUAUUUUUUAAUAAAAACUGAAUGAGCAUUGCAAAAAAAAAGAAG